AAAAGCGGGCCAAACCCAAAUGACACACCAUUAAGCUUAGGCUCAUUUUUGCCCAGAAGCGUACAUUAACAUUCGCUUCGUGCGAUUACGCGCGUUAAAUACAGCUUUAUGUACGGAGCUUUGAUUGCAGACGUGAAGCGGCUUUCGCGUCGCCUCUUUGUGUCGGCGGAGGAGGGGCCGGGCCCUUUAAAGGCGGAGGAGGGGCCGGGCCCUUUAAAGGUGCGCCUGCCGGAUCCCCGCAGCUUCUCCGUCUGUCACCGGACUGUCCCUGCUCGUUUUUCUUAUAUUUGUCGUUUUUUAAAAUUUAUUAAUGCAAGCUUUUGUACAAAUGACUGGCGUUUUAUUACGCCAUGUUUUUUCUUUUUAAACGUUUCGCAAAAAGAUACUCAACGACCUUUUUUUAUUAAGACAUCGACAAAGAGUGACUUUGCUUGUAUGAGCUUGUUAUUAAUAGCUGGUAAUAUCUAAAUGGGUGAAUGAAGAUAUAAAAAGUCGAAAAAUGCUGACUGCGUUUUGAGUUUCAUCCCUCCUUUUUAAUACGGAGUGGUGUCCAUGUCCCGCGGCUCUGCCGGCGGCCGGGGGCCCCUGCGCGUGCUGGGCGCCGCCGUCGCCCGGGAAGCGCGCCUCUGGAAAGCGCCCGUCUUCAGAAACGGCAGAAUUCAAGGUACGGACAUAUCGGCAUUUCAGCAGGAGGACGCUAUUACAUGGCUUGGGAACCUUUGUCGGUUAUUAAAGUUUUGCCCUGAAACAUUUGCUCUCGCUGUAAGCAUUUUGAACAGACUGUUGGCAUCAGUCAAGGCACACCCAAAAUAUCUCCGCUGCAUUGCCAUCACCUCCCUGAUUCUUGCUGCAAAAGUUAACGAGGAAGACGAGGUGAUUGUGUCUGUGAAGGAGCUUGUGUCACAGAGUGCCUUUCAGUUUUCGGCAGCUGAGAUAUUUCGAAUGGAGCGGAUCAUUUUAGAUAAGCUCCAGUGGGACCUUUACACCUCCACGGCGCUCGACUUCGUCCAUAUCUUCCAUGCUCUGGUGCUGUCCGGCCACCCACAUCUGCCCCAGCUGUGUGCUCAGAAGGAGCCUUGCCCCCAGGUGGCGCUGUGGAGCAGACAGGUGCAGCACUGUAUGGCCUGCCACCAGCUGUCACAGUUUAAAGGCUCCACACUGGCCUUGGCGAUCAUUACCUUGGAGGCGGGGAGGCUCACUCCUGACUGGUUCUCUGUUUUUACAGAUCUGCUAAAGAAAGCACAGAUUGACAGCACGGAGCUUAUCCGCUGCAGGGAAAUGGUGGAGCAGCGCCUGCACCUCAGAGGUUCCCUCAAACCCAGCGUGGUGUACAUCUUUGACCCCACCUCCAUAACGUACUUUCAGAACAGCAGCUCGCAAAUUUCCCAUCCACUUGUGGCUGAGCCCACUUUGCUGCAAGCGGAUGCCAUGGAGGGCGAGGACGAUGUCUGCGAUGGGUUCGGGUGCCUGUACAGUGAGGGGCUGGCACUGGAGGUGCGGGAGAGCCACAGCGCUCACUCUGCCACUAUGGAGGGCUGCCCCCCCCUUCAGCCACCUGACUGCUAGUGAAUCCGGGGAGGGGGUGGUGCAGCACACUGCCAGCAAUUCAAAACUGAGCCAGUUACUCACAUGGGGGACCUCCUCUCUGCUUAAUUAUUUAAUACUUUUAGGUGUUACUCUCUUCAGGUAAAAAUACUGUACAUCCCACUCCUGUUUCUUCUAGACAGAAAAGUUGCACUAUUUAUAAAAAAAAAAAAAAAAAAAAAAUCUGGGCAAAACUUGUAAUGUAAGUUUAAUUUCUUAGACAGGAGUCACUUCAUUAAUCCCGGAGGAGGAAACUAGGGUGAUUUUUAUGAAUAAUUUAGAUCUUGCAAAAAAUGAGAAACUUAAGUUGCCCAAUGAUGUUGAGGGUUUUAUUAUUGUGUUAUGUUUGAAAUGUUUCUCUUCAUAAUGCAGUGGGUAGACAUGCAAGAGGGUCUAAGAAUGAGUACAAUCUUUUGGUAACAUUUAAGGGUGGCCAUGGAACGGAAUGUGAACGUCUUUGUAAAUCUAAAACUAUUUAUACUUUGUAAUAAUAGUUUUUUUUUUUUUUAUUUAAGCAAGGGACCCAAAACUGCAGAGGCACUUUUUCUAUUUUUGUCAUACUGUGAAAGACUGUGGCCAAAACUGAGUAAAAGUAUUUGCUAUA